AUGUUUGGAUCUUACCUAUUCACCGUCCCUCACCAGUCGGACACUGGGUACUCUGCGCAAUAUAUAUCCCAACUAAAGAGCUCCACCUCUUUGACAGCCUGGCUGAACGACGGCCGUGGAAAAAUGAUGUCGAAUGCCGCCCUGCAAGAGGGCUUCGUAGAACUGGAACGUGUCAUCAAUGACCUCGCCCGCAACACGUCAAUCCCCUCCCCCCAAAUUAUUUCAUUGUGGAACAAGAGUCACGCACGCACUGUCAACAACGUGAACCACUGGAACGCAUACACCAAUUACUUCAAAAAUAACCUCAAGCAGGAGCUUAGCAGGCUCGGAGACAAGGCCCCAGAGGCUCCCAGCACACCAAGUGACGUGCGCCGCAAGUGCUACGAUGCUUUCAAAAAAUCAUUCCCAAACGACUGGCAGGAUAUUCUCGAGAUUUAUGGUGAGACUGCGUUAUUCCUCGGUGGACCUCAGACAGUUUCCACACGGGGACAGGAGUUCCAAAAAUUUACGAAGAAGCUCUCUGGAUUAAUGGACACCGGAGCGGCCCGUUUCGGCUUCGAGGCUGCACUUGUAGCCUGCGGCAAAGUCGUCAAUCAAGACGGUUCUUUGGGCAUGGCCCAUACAACAUCUGGAGCUGGCGACGUAAGUGUUUUUUAA